ACGUUUUUGACGCCUUGCGGCAGGAUUUCACGACAGUUGUGCAAUCACUAAAGCUGGCCAGACAGUGCCGAAGUAUGGACAAUAACAAAGCUAUUCUGUGAUCAUCUUCACCACUUUAAGUCCAUUUCAAGUAAAAGUGAAGGAAAAUUUCGAUAAUCCAGAUCCUGACCCUAAGUAAGAUGAGCGGUAAGAAGAGUGGCCCUGAGCCCCUGGACCAGCAGUACGUCACUGUUAAAGAUGAGUUCGGCACGCCUCAGAUGGUCCCUGUUUUGCAUCCGCGGUGGGUGGUUGAGGUGAACUUCCUGCCGUACGUCGCCCCUCCUGACCCGGCCGCCCUGGGGGAGGAGGAGCGGGCGGGAACCCUGGAGGAGUGGCUGGAGCGGGCGCUUCUGUUAGAGCAGGACCUGCGCUGGCUGCUGCAGCAGACUCACAGCAAGUUCUGGUGCCAGACCAUCUUUGACGAAUCCUUGCAUAGCUGUCUCAACGCCUACCUUCAGAAUGCACCAAGGUCCUAUGACCCCCCACUUGACCUUCCUGCUGACCUGAAACAGCAGGAGGAGACCUUACACCGGCUGUUCUUCAUGGUCUUCAUGAGGAUGGCCACACACAAGGAGUCAAAGGAAAACUUCUUCACUCCUAAGACGUUUGGAGACAUCUUGUAUGAGAACUUUUUGUUUGACGUUCCCAAGCUGAUGGACCUGUGUGUGCUGUACGCUGGGGGGAACAUGGCCGUGCUCGCCAAGAUGGUAGACAAUGUCUUCAAACAACAACCCAACUACAACAACGACUUGGCAGAAGUCGGGCCAACGAUAUUUGAGGUAUUUGACAACAUCAUGCAGAAGUGUGGGUUGGCAGACGAGGGUGGUUCUGUGCCGCAGAAGCUGAGCGAAAGAAAAGCAGCCCCUCUACAGGCCAUGAGUGUGGGAGAGGUACAGGACAUCCUCCUGUACAUGAGGGACUCUGCUGUCACACUACUGGUGUUUCUAGAGGCCUACCCCAGUGGGUGUAGGGUGUUUCAUCAGCAGAACAUUGUAACAAGAAUAUGCAGUUUUUAUGAGUUGGUUGUUCCAGCAUUAGAGAUACUGCUGAUGGACAGAAUAUCUCAGGAGACAGGGAAGACCAGCUGGAGUGAGUUAGAUGCAGUUCUAAGCCAGGCCAGAGGCAUGCUGGUCAAGUUAUGUCAUCACAUCAUCUCCACAUGCUGCCUGCAACCUAUUCUAGAAAACAGUGAAUCCCUGGAGGCUGUGCUGAACUAUGUAGAGGACUACCUCCAUGUGAUGUCUGCUGUGCUGUCUGAGAGAAGAUUUCUCCAUGAUUUAGACUGCCUGUUUAGUGUACAAGAGGACAUAGACCUUAUUCACCAGGCCUGUGAUAGUGUAGAUGUCACCAGAACAGAUUUUAUUCUCGGAGCUGUCGACCAGGCCUAUCAGUCAUUUGGUAAGGACAGGAGAGCUAGGGGUGAUGGGAAUGGACCAAAUCAUGCUGCAUCGUGGAAUGGGGAGCUGAAGGCUGAUGGGAUUGGAAGGACACCUGUGAAUAGGGUACAGCAGGAGGAUUUACAGGAUGAGGCUGCUCUUGACGGUUUGGAGGGAGCCUGUGCCUUCCCCCAGCCCAGUGGAGUAGAGAUGGACUCACUCAUCAGUGCAGUUAGAGAUCUCCUGCCUGAACUUGGGGAGGGCUUCAUUAUGGCCUGCCUAGAGGAAUAUGGAUAUAAAGUUGAGACAGUCAUCAAUGACAUACUGGAAGAAAAGCUACCUGCCAAGCUGCAAAAACUGGACAGAAGUAUGAAAAGGCCAGCUGAAAAGAAGAAGGAAGAGGUCGUUGACACGACCUUGCUGUCCCAGAGAGCAAACGUCUUCGCAGGCGACGAGUUUGACGUCUUCUCCAGGGACGACAUCGACAUGUCUAAAGUCUUCAAGGGGAAACGAGAACCAAAGCAGGUGAACACCAAGAAAAUCAUGGACGAAGACAAGCCCGACCUCUCGUCCCUAAAAGAACAGUAUUUUAACUACGGGACGUACGAGAAAGUUCCAGAAGAGGAGUUGAACGGACCAAUGGCAGCCCUGCACAUGGUGGAUGACUAUGAUGAUGAGUAUGAUGAUACUUAUGACACAAAUGAUGUCGGGGAGAUGGAUGCAGACUCAGCAGACGAGAUGAUAAAAGAGAACAAAGCUGUGGAGGAGUACGGAAGAGAAUUUGUGACUCCGAAGAUAUUGGCAGGUAACCAAGGAAGGAGAGGGAAGGACGAAGAGGAGAGUGAGGAAGAGGAUGCUCAGGAACAAGGAGGACCAAAAGAUAAGAAGGAAGACUUUGUCCAGGAUCCAGCAGUCCUAAGGGAGAAAGCAGCAGAGAGGGCAGCGUACAAGGCACAGCGGCAGGGCAGGAGGGGACAAAACAGAAACCAACAGGAGAUCCUGAAAGGUCAGGCCAAAGGUCAAGGUCAAACCAAGGAGACGGCUCAGAGCAGGAGACAGAAGGAGAAGAACAAGUCCUCUCGGGCCAAUCACAACCGGCGAGCCAUGGCGGACAGAAAGAUGGCCCGGGGGAUGGGCCCACUCACGUAAACUCAUCUGUAGAACAACACAUUGGCAUUUCAAAUGGCAACGUUCUUUACUCAAAACCAUUUGGUUAACAAGAGCCGACGUUUCGAUGACUGUCAUCUUCAUCAAGGCAAUUAUGACUGGUUUGCAGUGCACUGAAGCUGGGUGUUACUGCUCCCGAUGUGGCCCCAAACAUAAAGCGUGAGCAGUAACAUCUAGCUUCAGUGCACAGUGAACUAGUCAUAAUUGUCCUGAAGAAGAUGACAGAUGGCCAUCAAAACAAGUGGUUGCCAUUCAGUCAUUCACCAACAUGAUGAAAUUAUUUACAGACAUUUACCUUUCAUUUCUUUGAUGUCUUAAGUUACCUUUUGUACAAUGAAGUAGCCUUUUGGCCACCAAUUCUGUAUUGGAUACAGGGUUGGUAGCAUGGAAAAGGUUAAGCUCUUCUCACUCUUGCCAUAUUCAGUUUUUCUUGUUUAUAUUCAAACAUAUCUAAGAAUAUGGCAAGAUUCUACAAUCUUCAAAAUGAUAAACUGGCACUUAUCAUAAGCAAGAAGUCUGCUAAGUGAUAGGAGUUCACUGUCUGUCAACAUGAUGCAAUUUCAUUCUAAAAAAGGCCAGUAUUUUAAGCUCUCUACAUGUCUGGUUGUAGAACCAUUGACACAAUUAUAGUGAAUCUUUUGCCUACAUAUCAUUCAACCACUGCAAUGUGUACAAAUGUAUGUCGAGGAAGUAAAUUUUGAUGUCACUGUUUCUUAAAGAAUGUUAGAAAAUUGUGCCAAUCAGACUAUAUCAUUCUGGAUACAAUAGUGACAGAUUGCAGAACUUUGUGUCUUACAG